AUGCUAAGUAAAGAUCUUCCAGAUAUUGAGAGCAUCUUGGCUCUGAACCCAAGGGUCAAGACUCACGCUCAGAUCAUGUCCACUGCAAACAAGAAGAAAGAAAAGAAACAUUGGAAGCGAAAUCCUGAGAGGAACUGUGAUUCCUGUGUAAAGUUAGAGAACAACUUUGAUGAUAUAAAACACACAACCCUAAGUGAGCGUGGAGCUCUUCGAGAAGCUCUGAGGUGUCUUAAAUGUGCGGAUGCACCUUGUCAGAAGAGCUGUCCCACUAACUUGGACAUCAAGUCAUUUAUUACAAGCAUUUCUAAUAAGAACUACUAUGGAGCAGCACGGGCCAUACUGUCUGACAAUCCUCUUGGUCUGACCUGUGGAAUGGUUUGCCCCACUUCAGAGCUGUGUGUUGGGGGCUGCAACCUGUAUGCUUCUGAGGAAGGUCCCAUUAACAUUGGAGGAUUGCAGCAGUUUGCUACUGAGGUGUUUAGUAAGAUGGGAAUCCCUCAGAUCCGAAAUCCUGAACUACCACGACCUGAUCAGAUGCCACAGUCUUACCAUUCGCCCAUUGCUCUAAUUGGCUGCGGCCCUGCUUCUAUUAGCUGCGCUUCUUUUCUUGGCCGACUUGGAUACGAUAACAUUACCAUAUUUGAGAAGCAGAAAUUCACCGGUGGACUAAGUGCAUCAGAAAUCCCCCAGUUUCGCCUUCCUUAUGAGGUUGUCAAGUUUGAAAUAGACUUGAUGAAAGAUCUGGGUGUUAAGGUGGUGUGUGAGAAGGGUCUUGGAAUGAACGGAAUGACUCUAACUUCUCUGAAAGAAGAAGGAUUCAAGGCAAUCUUCAUUGGUAUUGGUCUGCCCCAGGCCAACAGGGCACAAAUCUUUAAAGGGUUAUCCAUGGAUCAAGGCUUCUUCACUUCCAAAGAUUUUUUGCCCAUGGUGGCUACAGCAAGCAAGAGAGGGAUGUGCCAGUGUCGUUCUUCGCUCCCUGAGUUACGAGGAGUGGUGAUUGUUCUGGGUUCUGGCGACACUGCUUUCGACUGUGCAACCUCUGCCCUCCGCUGUGGCGCCAAGAAAGUGUUUGUCUGUUUCAGGAAAGGAUUCACCAACAUUAGGGCUGUACCUGAGGAGAUGGAAUUGGCUAAAGAGGAACAGUGUGAGUUCCUUCCCUUCCUCUGUCCCCGGGAGGUCAUCAUGAAGAAUGGGCGCAUUGCCGGAUUACAGUUUUGUCGCACUGAACAGGACGAGGAAGGAAAAUGGUUGGAAGAUGAAGAACAACUUGUGCGGUUAAAGGCAGACUACAUCAUCAGUGCUUUUGGGUCCAUGCUCAGUGAGCCAAAAGUGAGUGAGGCUAUGUCUUCAGUCAAGCUGAGUCGUUGGGGUACUCCGGAGGUCAACACAGAAACCAUGCAGACCAGUGAGCCUUGGGUGUUUGCAGGAGGAGACAUUGCUGGACUGGCGAAUACUACUGUGGAGUCAGUAAAUGAUGGCAAACAGGCGUCAUGGCAUAUUCAUAGAUACAUCCAGUCUCUCUAUGGCCAGACAGUGGGCACAGUUCCAAAAAUGCCACUGUUCUACAGUGCUAUUGAUCAGGUGGACAUUAGUGUGGAGGUUUGUGGAAUAAAGUUUCCCAACCCAUUCGGCCUGGCUUCUGCACCUCCCACCACCAGCGCAGCUAUGAUCCGAAGAGCUUUUGAGCAAGGAUGGGGUUUCGCGUUGACCAAGACAUUUGGACUGGAUAAAGAUCUCGUUACGAACGUGUCUCCUCGUAUUGUGCGUGGUACCACCUCUGGUCAUGUGUAUGGACCGGGUCAGGGAUCAUUCCUCAACAUUGAGUUGAUUAGUGAAAAAACAGCAGCCUAUUGGUGUCGGUCAGUUGCUGAACUAAAGAGAGAUUUUCCAAAGAAUGUUGUGAUUGCUAGCAUCAUGUGUGGUUACAACAAGGAAGACUGGACAGAACUCACUCAGAUGGCUGUGGAAUCAGGUGCUGAUGCAUUGGAGCUUAACCUUUCUUGUCCCCAUGGGAUGGGAGAGAGAGGCAUGGGACUGGCUUGUGGGCAGGACCCUGUGCUUGUGCGGAACAUAUGCCGUUGGGUGCGAGCUGCUUCUUCCAUCCCCUUCUUUGCCAAAUUGACACCAAACGUUACCAACAUUGUUGAUAUUGCCAAGGCUGCCUACGAAGGUCAAGCAGACGGGGUUACAGCCACAAACACAGUUUCAGGAAUGAUGGGUCUGAAGGCAGAUGGCUCACCCUGGCCAGGCGUCGGAGCUGGCAAACGUACCACAUAUGGGGGAGUGUCAGGAAACGCCAUCCGACCAAUCGCUCUCAGAGCUGUAUCAGCCAUUGCCAGAGCACUUCCUGGUUUCCCAGUUUUGGCCACAGGUGGAAUUGACUCAGCAGAAACCGGUUUACAAUUUCUUCAUGCUGGUGCCUCAGUGUUACAGGUGUGCAGUGCUGUUCAGAACCAGGACUUUUCCUUGAUUGAGGACUACUGUGUGGGUUUGAAGACCUUGCUGUACUUGAAGAGCCUUGACAUGAAGGACUGGGAUGGGCAGUCACCUCCAACAGAGAGGCACCAAAAGGGAAAACCCAUUCCAAGAUUGGAAGACCUGGUUGGGCAGAGUCUCCCAAGUUUUGGGCCAUACCUUCAGAAGAGGACUGAGGCCAUUUCACAGUAUAAGAAGCAGCUCAGAGAGACUGGUGGUCAAGAUGUGAUGGAAGCCAACGUCACCAAAAUAACAUCACCUAAAAAACCUGUUCCAGCUGUCAAGGAUGUGAUAGCAAGAGCAUUACGCCACAUCGGAGCCUACCAAGAACUGAACAACAUGGAACAGGUUCAGGCUCUGAUAGAUGAAGAGAUGUGUAUCAACUGUGGGAAAUGUUACAUGACCUGCAAUGACUCUGGCUAUCAGGCUAUAACAUUUGACCCAGAGACCCAUCUUCCAUUCGUAACAGACAGCUGUACAGGAUGUACUCUCUGCCUGAGUGUCUGUCCAAUCAUAGACUGUAUCAAGAUGAUUAACAGGACAACACCAUAUCAACCCAAGAGGGGUGUUCCAAUUAGUCCAGUUAUUUGA